AUGCUUACGAAUCCGGGAAAUCCCGAUAUCGCAAAUCCUUUGGAUUUUUUAAAAAGGGAGUCAGUAAUGCUCCAAACCUUCCAGGGAUUUGUGAGCGAGACAGUCGAGUUUGAAACCUCGCUCAUAACCUGCUUGGAGGAAGCGGAGAAGAGGUUGGUGGAAUACGCAGGGCGAAAUACCCAUGAUGAAAUGGACGAGGGACUGGCACAUCAGGAGCCGGAAUUUAACGAAGAGACAGAGUGGGCUGCUCUGCCUGAAGAAGAUGAUGAGACCGAGAAUUGGCCAUCGGGAUCUGAGUGGACCCCUCUGUCAGACGAUGAAGAAGAUGAACCUGAGGUGACGGUGAUACGAAUGGAGACGAGUGGCGUUGAGGAACCGGAAGAAACAAUCCGAGAAAUCGAGACCAAGGACGAUCAGAUUCCUGGUUCCAGCCACACAUACAACGUUGGCUGCGGCGAUCCCGGAAGUAUUUCUCCAGAAGAUCUAGGGGAUCUUCCGGAACAAUUCCAAGGAGAAUUGGAAGUGGCGCAGGCGGAGCCGUACAUGGUGGUGCAAAGAGAAGGAAAUAUCAACAUUGGCUUCUGUUGUCGAUGCGGCCAUUACCUCCUGCUGCCACCCGGAUUCACGGCCGCACAGAAAACAGCAGCGGUGGAACAUUAUGCCCUCGAUUGGUGUCCGAGGGCAUAUGCGGCCGUGAUCAACGAAAGACAGGCCAAUAAUGCCAUUUGGCAUUCCACAAGCGGCCAGCCUGCCACUGCCUGUUCCAGUUCUCCAUCGCCUAUCCAGAGAAGGCACCAAACAGGUUAG